AUGGCUUCUUCCCCUUCCUCUUCCUUCUCCUCCUCCCCUUCCGCUGCCGGUGCUGCGCCGGCGUCCUCCUCCUACUGGUGCUACAAUUGCGACCCCUUCGUGCGUGCCGCCCCUCACAAAGACUCCGCUGUCGCCUACCCGAACUACGGCGGCGGCAUCCUCGAGGAGAUGGGUGCACCCCCACCGUGCACCGCCUACCUCCGCCACCCGUGCGCGCACCACGCCAAAGACCUGCGCCUGCGACGGACAUGCUGCGCUGACGCAGUGGCGGCAGCCGAUGACCGCUCGCCGUUCAACCCCGUCAUCGUGCUUUGCCGCUCCCCCGCUGCCGUAGCUGCCGGCGACGAUGACUCCCUCGCCACGGUUACUAGCUUCGAGCUCUUCUACGACGACGGCGUGGGCUCCGGCCUCCGCCCGCUCCCGGAGACCAUGUCGGACUUCCUCAUGGGCUCCGCCUUCGAGCGUCUCCUCGACCAGCUCACCCAGAUCGAAGCCGGCGGCCUCUCCCGCGCAAGGGAGAACCCGCCGGCCUCCAAGGCCUCCAUCUCCAUGCCGCGGGGCCGCCCACUCGCCCAGUUCAAUCGCCGGAGAGGAGACAGAAAAAGUGACGGGAGUGGCAUGGUUUUAAUUUUAGAAAUUUCGAGUGACAUGUAG